CGGGGUUUUGCUAGCUAUGGCGGUUCGCCGACGCAGAGAAUGAAUGAAGAUAUGUGGAUCAGAUUCUUCCCGGUGAUAUCUCGUUUGGAAUAGUGUUUUGUGCUUAUGAUUUUUAGCUUUCUAAGAGCAAGUAGAUUCUUUUAUCUGUCUGCGGAGAAUUUCUCCCUUCCCAUUGUUGAAUCUGGAAACGUAUUCAAUUCAAAACUCUUGAGCACCAUGAGAGAAAUUAAAGUAAAGGGUGCUUCUAGUAUUUGUUCUACUAACUUUUCUGACGAAGAAACUCAUGCCCCACAAACCGAAUUUGGCAAUGACGACCAAAACUCAUCGCUUGGAGUGCAAUUCACUCCCGAAAUAGAGAAGAAGUACGUCCACCGCGUUUAUGACGCGAUUGCGCCCCAUUUCAGUUCCACUCGGUUCGCCAAGUGGCCGAAAGUAGCUGCCUUUUUGUCGUCCCUGCCGUUGGGAUCUCUUGUUCUGGAUGCGGGAUGUGGGAAUGGGAAGUACUUGGGAUUGAAUCCUGGUUGUUUCUUUAUAGGAUGUGACAUAAGUCUUCCAUUGAUUAAGAUAUGUGCCGAUAGAGGGCAUGAAGUUUUGGUCGCUGACGCUGUAAAUCUUCCCUACAGAGCCGGUUUCGGCAAUGCAGCGAUCUCUAUUGCCGUGUUGCACCAUUUAAGCACAGAGAGUAGGAGAAAGAAAGCCAUUGAAGAGUUGGUCCGAGUUGUGAAAAAGGGUGGUUUGGUUCUGAUAACCGUUUGGGCUGUGGAGCAGGAGGAUAGAGCAUUGGUUAACAAGUGGACUCCGAUCCUCGAAAAGUAUGACGAGGAGUGGAUAGGACCCGGCAGCCCUCAUGAGCGUAGUAGCCCUUCGUCCUUCAAGUUGGAAAGUAUCCCAGAAACCGAGGAGAAUAGUUUAGGACAUGUGAGAGGUUUUAAGGAGAGUUCUGCUGGGAGGUUGCGGGAAACAACUUGUCAAAGUGAAGAAGACUCCGCGGCUUCUGAUAAUGCGAGGGAUGUCAACAAUCAACAGGAAUAUUUUGUCCCUUGGCACUUACCUUAUCACCGCGCUGAAGUCAGUGGCGCUUCUGCUUCUGCUCUUGCAAAUGGCUUGGCGAAGAAAGAUGAUAAAAAGGGUGCUGUAGUCUACAACAGAUACUACCAUGUUUUCAGCGAAGGCGAGCUUGAAAGGUUAGUAUCUGGUAUGGAGAAUGCAGUGGUUGUUGACCGGUUUUUUGACAAAUCCAACUGGUGUAUCAUUCUUGAGAAGACAUCAUAAAGAACCAAAUAGGUUAUGUGUUAAAAGAGCUUCGGAGAUCUCUCCACAGUUAUAUGGUGGCGUACCUCAAUUUGUUUGUAGGCGAUACACAAAUACACAAUGCAAUACUGAGAGAAUUUGGAUUUUGGCCAUCAAUGUAGUUUGUAUUUUUCUUGAAGGAUUUUUUCUUUUUCUAUUUUUUUCAUGAAGGAAAAUUGGUUCCAGCUCAAUUAUUUUUCAAAGAAAAUUUU